AUGUCAAAAGGGAUACUUCAUGUGCGCAUUCUUGAAGGACGAAAUGUCAAAGAUGCAGAUAUUAUUACGGGCAAAGGAGACCCUUUUGUUGAAUUUUGGCUAGACAAAUGGCGUAAGCAACGAACUGAGUCACGAUUUAAUACGAGAACGCCUGUAUGGCUUGAAGAACGAACUUUUAUAGUAAAUGGACAUAAGCAUCUUCACCUUCGUCUUAUUGAUAAAGACUUAAUAAUCGAUGACAAGCUCGGUGAAACAAAAAUUCCGUUAGAAACCGUCUACAAACAUUUCUUUCAAGAUUUGUGGGUGCAUGUAUCUCCACCAGGGAAACAUGAAAGUACCGGUGAGAUUCAUGUAGUUAUGGAAUUUUUCCCAGAUGGAAGCCAAUAG